CCUGGUCUGUUUAGAUUUAUUUCCCUUGUCCAAAAUUCUCUUACAAUAGAAGAUUCAUAUAUUGAUUCUUUUGGAUUUUAUUUCCUUAGUAGUCUUUGUGUUAUCUUUUUCAUUCGAAUCGUCUCUUCUUUGAUAUCCUUGCCUAGCUUUCUUGACGUCGACAACAUUCCCAUUUGGAAAUUCUGUGCUGGCUCUCGUGCUUUUCAAAAAGCCUUGCAAGCUUGGAUAGAGUGAUUGUGUUUCCUAAAAGGGGCACAAAGAUCUUGGUUUUAAGAGCAACUACAAUAUUGAGAUAUUUGCCAAUGCUCCAUUGAUUUGUGAGAUUGACAAAAAUGGUAAACUUGGGUUCCCAGCAUAAAUCCAAGGGCACCAAUUUAAAUAUUCAUUGCAGCAGAACGGCAAAGGGUGGUGGUGGUGGUGGUGGUGGUGGUUUUGGGAAAUUUUAAAGCGGUUCUGUUGGGAUAGAGCUGAGAUCAUGGGCUGCAUUUGCUCAAAAGGAGCUGCCGAAGAAGAUGUAAAUAGCAAUACGAAUGAUCAGAAGCAGACAGGGGUGGAUAAGUCUUCUGUGCAAAUGGUUGCUCCUGCAAUAUCCAAGAAAGAAGAGAUGUUGGUAGAUUUUCUUGGCCAAAAAGAUAGAUCGGUGCGUCGUGUGUCGAAGGCAAAUGUCGGGAAUGUUACUGUUUCAUUGGAAGAAGGAGAAAAGGAAAGGGAACUUGUUGAUGUGAAGACUAAAGGACACAAUAGAUCGAUAACAAUGGAUUCAGAGUCCAAUGACGACCAACCACGUGUGAGCAUGAUGAUUAGCAUACGUCAUGGAUCUGAAAGGGAAGCAUGGCCAGAAUGGUUAACAGCAGUUGCUGGUGAAGCCGUCAAAGGGUGGCUGCCUCGACGAGCAGACUCAUUUGAGAAGCUAGACAAGAUUGGACAAGGAACUUACAGUACUGUAUACAAGGCUCGUGACCUUGAAACUGGAAAAAUUGUUGCAAUGAAGAAGGUGCGGUUUGUCAACAUGGAUCCCGAAAGUGUCCGCUUCAUGGCUAGGGAAAUUGUUAACUUGCGUAAACUUGACCAUCCCAAUGUUAUGAAACUUGAAGGAAUAGUCACUUCGAGGAUGUCAGGGAGCUUGUACCUUGUGUUUGAGUACAUGGAGGAUGACCUUGCUGGGCUUGCAGCAAAUCCUAGCAUCAAGUUUACGGAACCUCAGGUACCUAUGUUCUUAUCUGUUCAAUUUUACGGUUAUUCAUACUUGGAAAUUAGCUUCUUCUGCUACUAUGAAAGUGAUAUAACGUCGUCAACUUGCCAUUCAUGUCUUGUCUUACAAGGAAAUUACUUGUUCUUGCAGAUCAAAUGCUACGUGCAACAACUUCUACUUGGACUUGAGCACUGCCAUAAACAAGGUGUCUUGCAUCGAGACAUCAAGGGCUCAAAUCUUCUGAUAAACAACGAUGGAGUCCUCAAGAUUGCAGACUUUGGUCUGGCAACUUUUUAUCAUCCUGAUCAGAGUCAGCCUUUAACAAGUCGCGUAGUAACUCUCUGGUAUAGGGCACCGGAGCUUUUGCUAGGUGCUACAGAGUAUGGACCUGGCAUAGAUAUGUGGAGUGCUGGUUGCAUUCUUGCUGAAUUAUUCGCUGGCAAGCCUAUCAUGCCUGGAAGAACAGAGGUAGAGCAAAUGCAUAAGAUUUUUAAGCUUUGUGGUUCACCCUCUGAGAUCUACUGGCAGAAGACAAAGUUUCCACAUGCAACUAGUUUCAAACCUCAGCAAUCUUACAUACGAUGUAUUACUGAGACAUUCAAACAUUUCCCUCCGUCAGCUUUGACCCUUGUUGAUAAGCUCCUGUCAAUGGAACCACAAGACCGAGGUUCAGCCACUUCAGCUAUUCGAAGUGAGUUCUUCAGAAUAGAGCCCCUCCCUUCUGAUCCAUCAAGUCUACCAAAAUAUUCUCCAUGCAAAGAACUGGAUGCCAAGUUGCGAGAUGAGGAAGCCAGAAGGCAAAGAGCAGAGGCUGUAAAAGGACGAGGACCUGAAUCUGUCAGAAGGGGUUCAAUAGAUACUAAGAAAGCUCCCACUCCGGAAUUCACUGCUCAGGCACAGCCAAAAACUGCAAGUUCCAGCUAUAAAUAUUAUAUCCUGGAGGAUGCGGGGACUGGGUUCCGAAUUGAGCCUCCAAGAGUAUCGAAGCAGAAUGGUUUCGAGCACUCUACUUCAAUGAUUCACCCUUCCGCAGUAGCAGGAAUGUCGUCAAAUAAAAGUGCAGGUUCUUCAAGAAAUAAUCCAGAAUUGAGGGCACAGAAAUCUCACGAGUCUCAAUCAGGGGAGAUGUCUAGCUCCUCUCUUAAGAAGAAUGAAAAGGCUCCUCCGAGCAGAGAUUCUUCAAUGGGGGGGUAUGUUCCCAGGAAAACCAGAAUCCAUUAUUCUGGACCAUUGAUGCCUCCUGGGGGGAACAUGGAAGAAAUACUCAAAGAGCACGAUAGACAAAUCCAGCAGGCCGUUCGUAAAGCACGUCUUGAAAAGUCGGGGACCAGAGAUAACCUUGAUGGUUAUGGGCAACUACACAACAACAGACGAUACAAAGGGUAAUUCUCAAAACAAUUACUCCGUCGC